UGUUUUUUGUAUUUCUAAAUGUUGUAACUAAAAACUUAGAUAAAAGAAUUCAAGAUUAUAAUUUAAUUAAGCAAGUUUUUUCAAUUUUAUUUUUUCUUCUUCUAACUAACAAGCCAUUAUACUAUCGUGAGAGCUACGCAUUGUGUUGUGUCGGUAAGGUUGCGUUCUUUCAUCAGUCCGCAGCACCGUCGAAUCCCGAGCUUGUAACAAGUAAGAUGGCCUCCACCGACUCCAGUUUAUCAAGUGAAAAUCCCGCCAAGAAGGAGGAUGAAUUUAACGAAUUUUAUUCGGAGGUUAAGGAAAUUGAGAAGAGAGAUUCUGUGCUGACACCCAAGCAACAAAUUGAUAGAUUACUGCGACCUGGAUCAUCAUACUUUAAUUUGAACCCAUUUGAAGUCUUACAAAUUGAUCCAAGUACAGCAAUAGAGGAAAUCAAAAAGAAAUACCGUCGUAUGUCAAUUUUAGUUCAUCCAGAUAAAAAUCAGGAUGACGCUGAAAGAGCACAGCAGGCUUUUGAAAUUGUUAAUAAGGCGUGGAAAACUUUGGAAAAUGAGGAAACUAGAUCAAAAUGUAUGGAUGUUAUUGAGGAGGCAAAGGCUCGAACUGAUCACAUGAUUGCAGAAAAGAAAAAGAAACAAAAGAAAGAGGGAAAAUCUGAAAACUCAGGUUCGACACUUUUAGAAGAAGAAACUGAGGAAGGUUACAGGCAUGCAGUCUGGGUCAUGACAAUGAAAUUAUUCGCCGAUAUGGAACGAAGAAGACGGGAAUUGGCGACAAGAGAUGCAGAACAGCGUAAAAGAAAACGCGAAGAAGAAUUAUCCGCGGAAGCUCAAGCAGCGAUGGAGCGCGAAUGGCAACGAAACUUCGAAGAGUCCAGACAAUCACGCGUCGAUAGCUGGAAGGCAUUCCAGUCGGGCACCAGUGCCACAAAACAGAAGAAGGCAAAGAAAUUAAAAGCCUUCAGGCCACCGAAAACGAAGGCGGAAUCGCGAUAAUUGUGAUAAUCGUCUUACGUUUUCUCUAUUUCCGGUGUGCAGAUUCUGAUUUUAGUCAACGCAAUGUUUUAUCUUAGAGAUUUUCUCGCAGUGUUAAGAUAGGUUAAACAAUCUAACACCGCAUGAUGUUGAAACCAAUAAUAAAAGUGGAUCACUUUGACUUGAAAUUAAAAAGAUAGGAGGAUACUCGAAAUCCUCAAUCUUUUGAUUACAAGCCAAGUUACAAGAAAAGAGUUUCGACAUUUAUGUUGGGUUUUAAACAUCGAGAUUCUUCAUCAAGUUUCUAAGAGAUAUUCUCAUAUUAGUAAUUGGUUUCAUCAAUCUUCUAUUAGGAUGACAAUUAAUCUUUAAUGAAUUUUUAAACAUAUUUAUUUUUUCAUUGAAGUAAAGAAAAUAUUUUUGCAGAUUACUGAGAUUAUUUCCAUUUUUCAUUAAAUCUAAUGUAACAUUGCGCAUAUAAUAUUCAAAACAAACGAACUUGUAGAAGCUUGGUGAAAUCGAUUGCAAGUCUACUUUCUUGCUUAGAUAAUCGUGAUUCAAAGUUAGAAUAAAAACAUUAAAAAGACACACAUCAGUGUUACCGCGAGCAAAAUCUUAAGAGCGAAUUUGCGCGUUACUGCGAAGGGAAAAGAUAUAUGGAUGUUGCUAACUGGAAUAAUAGCGAAGUUAUUAGAUGAAUGAUGAAUGCAUCUCUUUGUGACACAAGAUUGAAUGUGAUUUUGUAUGCGUGAUAAGCAAAAUCGCACCAUUUGAAAAUGGUGUAAAUGUCCAUUAAAAAUUUUAUUAUACGAACAAAAAAA